CACGAGAGACGGCAGAACGCUUUGGAGAGAAGCUGUGGAUAAAGCUACGGGGAUUCUACGUGGAGGCCAAACGCCUUGCAGAUCUUGAAGAAAGUCUCUGUACCUCUUGCAUCAGAGAACUCGACCCAUCACAAGCGUCAGCCAUUUCAGCGCCGCACGGAACCAAAAAGAAAUCAGAUGGUCCUUUGGAAGGUGGGAGGAAGAAACGUCAGCGCACAGUUCCAGUCACUGAUGGAGCAGCCGGUGGGGACGGUGGUCCAGGGAACUCUCUAGGGCUGGGCUCAUCUUCUGCUGGCCUCAAUGAUGGCGCUUCUGCAGCGUUGGCAGUUGCCCUGACACGGGUUGUGGUGGGAGAACAGGUCGCAGCACGAGUUUCUGCCACUGAGGAUGGCAAAGAUGAGUGGAUUGUUGUAAAGGUCCUGCGCAUUGACCGGGAGGCGAACAGAUUCGACGUGAUCGAUGAGGAGCCAGGAGAGGAGGAUGAGGGUGGGCAGAGGUGA